AUGGCUUCCGACGCGAUAAGGAAGAAGCUUGUCAUUGUGGGCGAUGGCGCUUGCGGGAAGACUUGUUUGCUGAUAGUAUUCAGCAAAGACCAGUUUCCUGAAGUAUAUGUGCCUACUGUUUUUGAAAAUUAUGUUGCUGAUAUCGAAAUGGACAAUACGAGGGUUGAGCUUGCCCUCUGGGACACGGCAGGCCAAGAAGAUUAUGAUCGCCUGAGGCCAUUGUCUUAUCCAGAAACUGAUGUUAUUCUUAUGUGCUUUUCGAUUGACAGUCCGGACAGUUUGGAAAAUAUAUCAGAGAAAUGGACUGCUGAAGUCAAGCACUUUUGUCCUAACGUACCGAUAAUUCUCGUCGGUAAUAAAAAGGAUCUUCGAAAUGAUGAAAGAGCACUGGCGGAACUAUCAAAAUUCAGGCAGUCUCCUGUAACUACAGAGCAGGGAAAGGCAAAGGCCGCUCAAAUUGGAGCCUAUGGUUAUGUGGAGUGUUCCGCUAAAACCAAGGAGAAUGUCCGCGAGGUCUUUGAGAUGGCUACUCGGGCAGCGCUAGAAACGUCCAAGAAGUCAAAAAAGAAGCGAUGUAAAGUCCUGUAG